AUGGGCGAGCAGACCGAGACCAACCACGACGCCGGCGCGGCAAUGGACUAUCCGGAACAUGAAAAAACGUUCAACCUGUUCCUCGCGCUGACCAAGUGGGGCACGGUCGCGACCGCCGCGCUGCUGAUCGCCAUGGCGUUCGGCUUCUUCGCCGGCGGCGGCCUGUUCGGCGGCAUCAUCGUUUUCGUCCUGCUGAUGAUCGUUUCGCGGUUCGAAUCGCAGGCCGGCGAGCCGCGCGUCGCCGCCUCGCCCGACACGGUCAAGCGGCUGGUCAAGGCCGGCCACACCGUGACCGUCGAAAAGGGCGCGGGCAUUUUGUCGCGCAUUCCCGAUGCGGAUUUCGAGGGUGCCGGCGCGUCGAUCGUCACGGCCGCCGCCGGUUCCGGCAAGGCCGAUGUGGUGCUCAAGGUGCGCCGUCCAACAUCGCCCGAACUGAAAAAGUACAAGAAGGGCGCGGCGGUCAUCGCCGUCAUGGACCCCUAUGAUGCCGAAAAGGCGCUCGGCGAGAUGGCCAAGGCCGGUCUUUCGGCGUUCGCGAUGGAGCUCAUGCCGCGCAUCACCCGCGCGCAAUCGAUGGAUGUUCUGUCGUCGCAGGCGAACCUGGCCGGCUAUCAGGCGGUGAUCGAGGCGGCGGCGGCCUAUGACAGGGCCAUGCCGAUGAUGAUGACCGCGGCCGGCACGGUGCCGGCAGCCAAGGUGUUCGUGAUGGGGGCGGGCGUUGCCGGCCUUCAGGCGAUCGCCACUGCGCGGCGCCUCGGCGCCGUCGUCACCGCGACCGACGUGCGGCCGGCGGCCAAGGAACAGGUGGCCUCGCUCGGCGGCAAGUUCAUCGCGGUCGAGGACGAGGAAUUCAAGGCGGCCGAGACGGCGGGCGGCUACGCCAAGGAAAUGUCCAAGGAAUACCAGGCCAAGCAGGCCGAGCUGGUCGCCGAGCACAUCGCCAAGCAGGACAUCGUCAUCACGACGGCGCUGAUCCCCGGCCGGCCGGCGCCGAAGCUGGUUUCCAAAAAGAUGCUCGAUGCGAUGAAGCCCGGCUCGGUGCUGGUCGAUCUGGCCGUCGAGCGCGGCGGCAAUGUCGAGGGCGCCAAAGCCAACGAGACGGUGACCACCAGGAACGACGUCAAGGUGAUCGGCAUUGCCAACAUGCCCGGACAGGUGGCGGCGUCCGCAUCGCUGCUCUACGCCAAGAACGUGCUGGCGUUUCUCGAGACGCUGGUCGACGCCGAGAGCGGGGCGCUCAACAUCAAUCGCGACGACGAACUGGUGGCCGCGACGCUUCUGACACAUGACGGCGCGCUGGUGCAUCCGCGCUUUGGCGGCGAGUCGCCGAUGGCUGACGACAGCGUAUCCCGGGCGCUCGACGCGCUGGACAGCGCCGUUCAGGGCGUGCGCGAGGCGGUUGCCGAUGCGCCACCCGCGGUGGCCGCCGCUGCCGAUGCGGUGCAGACCGGCGGCGUCAGCGAGUUCGUCUUCCUGUUCUCGAUCUUCGUUCUGGCGAUCUUCGUCGGCUACUACGUCGUCUGGUCGGUGACGCCGGCGCUGCACACGCCUUUGAUGAGCGUGACCAACGCGAUCUCCUCGGUGAUCGUGGUCGGCGCGCUGCUGGCUGUCGGCAUUUCCGAAAGCGGGCUUGCGACGGGCUUCGGCUUCGUCGCCCUGGUGCUGGCCUCGGUCAACAUAUUCGGCGGCUUCCUCGUCACCCAACGCAUGCUCGCCAUGUACAAGAAAAAAGACAAGUGA